GGACUGGAGUCGGCUGGCGAUUUAGCGCAUUUGUUUUGCUCGACGGACGAGGCGGAGCAGUGUGGAGUGCCCACGGCCUGGGCCGUGGCUCGGGACGUGGCGCGGGUGACGCCGUGGCUGGUGCCCGCGCAUGGCAUUUGCGCGGAGGGGCGAUUUGGCGGCGCGGCGGCGGCCGCCGCGCCCGCCGUGAGCGCGGGGGCCGCGGCGGGGAAAGGGCGUGGGCCUACCGCCGCGCGCCGCGGUCGGCCGAGACGCUGUGCCGCAGUGGCGACGGAGGCGGCAGAGCGUGAGGGGCGCGUUCAGCUGGCGGUCAGCGUAGUUCGAGUGUCGCUUGAAUGGCGCCCGGAAAGCGGCCUCGGGCAGGGGUUGCAGGAGGCGCAGGCCGAGAUGCUCGCCGACGUCUCGUCCGCGGCGGUGUUUAGGCUGAGUAAUUUCGAAGCCGGGACGCUGCGCACGGCCUUGCGCGUGUGGGGGCAGUGGGCCGAGUGGGCGGGCCGGCAAGGGCAGCCGGCGACGAGUCUGGCGCGGCAACCCAUGGCAGUCGCCGAGUUCGUGCAUAAGCUCUCGAUCGCACGGACGUCCGGCGUCAGGAUCUGGAACGCCUUGAAGUGGAUGUGCGUACAUUUGAAAGCGCCUUUCUGCCUGGACGAUGCGUUUCGCCCUGUGCCACGUGAUCCAGGCAGUGGAACCGUAGCACCGCCGGCCCAGGCCACUGUCGUCGAACCCGAGAUGAUUUACCAUGUGAUCGAUUUCCUGGAUGGCGCGAGAACGCCUGGGCAAGUCAUGCUCGCGGCUGGGAUGCUGGCGGUGGUAUUCGCGUGGGUGAGGUACACGCACCUGCUGCGCUCUAGGCCUUUAGAGAAGUCUGUUUAUUUUUGCUGGUUCCGCGCAUCGAGGGGGAAGCAGGGAAAGCGACAGGGGCGACCUUCGUUCGAUUGGUGCUUGCCGAGGCGGCUAGGUGGCGCGCGGUCCGCCGCUGACGCCUUGUGGGAUGGUUGGCACAAGUUGGCGGCGCGGGAAGAUCGAGCAGGAAGGGCUGUGCCGACGGGGCUCGUCUUCGAUCCAGUUUCCGGCGCGCCGGUGAAGUUGGGUGCCUUUAACCGAUCGCUGAAGGAAGUAUUCCGAGGCUCGCUAGCGGACGAUUCCCAGUUGGAUCUUGUGACUUCGUACAGUUUGCGCCGGGCUGGGCCUACAUGGGCGAGCGCGAUACAAUUGGACUGGGAAGCCCGAGUCAUCUCGGGCGGUUGGACGGAGGGGGGAGACAACUCCCGUCGGAACCAGAUGCCGAUCGUGUAUAAUGCGCGUCGGCGGCAAGCCGAGAUGUGCACGCGCCUGCACAUGGCCGGAGUGUUGUCGUGCCUGCGGACCGAUCUGGAGGCCCCAGUGCAGUGGGAGCAAGUGCGAUGCUGGGCGAGUUCUGCGCCAGGAAAAGUAAUGUUGGCCGACCUAGAGAAAGAGGCGCAGCAGCGGGUGGCGGUGUCGACCGUUCGUGAGAAGGCCGCGUUCUUGCCCCCGUCGGUCGUCGAGGAGUUGAGGCGGCAGAAGUUUCUCCGGAUAAUCGUGGCCCCGCGUGGCCCGGCCGCGUUCCAAGCGCGGGGAGUUUACUGCGCCGGUCGCGCGGUGACCGUGCUUCCAGGUGACGAGGCAGCGCAGGGCGCGGAGUUGGGUGGGCUCGAACGCGGUCCAGAGAGUAGGUUUAGCGGAGCGACACGUGUGGUUCUCGGUAUGUCUUUGUCAGUUGACGGCAUUGCGCUGCCGGGGCGCGUCGGCGCUCGCGACGCCGCUGCACAAUUCAGAGAGCUGGCCGCGAAGUAUCAGUUUGAUGAGCGCAUCGCCACCCACCUGGUCGAAACCGUGGGUCUAGAGACGUUGGUCGAUUUCGCGCAUGCCGUCACGAGCGAGAACGAGUGGGCGCCGAUCCUCGAGCGCGUGCCGGAUCUCGAGAGGAGGCUGGGACAGCUGUCCCGCGUGCGCCAGGAGAGCGGGGACUUGUAUGGGUUCUUGCCGAUUGCAGAAGGCAUGCCGGUCGCUCUGACCGACCACAUUGAUCGAAGCGAGGACAAGAACUUCCUGCGAGGUCGCGGGGGCCGAGUGCACUCUUGGAUUUGCGAUGGAGACGGCGAAGAUGACCAAGUCGCGCGCGGCGGAGAGACCAUGCUGACGAAGACUCCGAAGGUCAUUUUCGUGUUGUUUGACGAUGGCGAGGACGAGCCUGGCGGUCGGAAGCCGCGCACGUGGACGAUCGAGGGCUUGAGCGCUCCCGGCUUGCACCCCGUGGCCCCGUGGGGCAAACGUUCGAGCAGGGUGUUAUCGUGGAUUUUGAGCAUCGGCGCGGGUGCGUCGCCGCUCUCGAGCUACGCGGCGCCGACGCGCGUGCCACGGCGCGCGGACAUGUUAAUAUUCCAAGCCUUUGAUCGCGCGCCGUGCACCCAGGGUGAACGGCAGGGCCCCGCGUCACUCUUGCAAUCGUUGCGUGGAGACGUCCUGGACUGGGGCGCCAUCGAGAAGGAGUUCAUGCCUUCGGGGCGGUGCGCGCUGUGCUCCGCAGCGAAGUGCAAGAACCAGUACUGCCUGCGCCAGUGGGGUCGGGAGGACGGCCUGCGCGUGUGUACCCUGUGCUUAGAAGACAGGAAGAGCGUGGGAGCGCCGUGGCAGCGCAUGGAGUGCGGUCUCUGGAAGGGCCAGGUUGCUUUCCACUCAUCCCAGCACCCAUCCUCGAAGCUAACGUCGCGGCGCUGCGUGGACUGCCCCGAGAGGCGGAAGUGCCAUGUAUGCGAGGGUCGCAAGUGCGAGCAAGCUUUCGUGGCGCAUCAGUGGGACAAGGCAGGAAACGCCCGAUGUAAGGGGGGAGUGUGCCUGGACUGCGAGGAGCUGAAGAAGCACUUGAAGUGUUCGCGCUGCGGCCAGCAUAAGUUACCGGUGGAGCAUGCCAGAGCGGAGCAGAGCAUCGACGAACCCACAUGCAAGACUUGUAAGAAGUGCGUAGACGCUGCGGCUGCACAACGGGGCACUGCCGCGAGGAUGGGCGGCAAGGCCUGCGUUGUGUGCGAGGCGUGGAAGCGCUGGGUCGAUGGCGCAAAGCUGCAGCGGGGGCGUUGGAAAUGCAUUGCUUGCAAGGGCGCCUUCAGGAAAUCGGAUGGCCGGAAGCAGAGGUGCAACAAGUGUUUCGAUGAUGAAGAGCGGAAGAGGAAAGAA